CCGAAGAACAACAAACACAAACCGAAGGUUGAGAGGCUCCGGUGGUCGGCGAGUGGGCUCAUCUCUAACCUCGUUACUGGGACACAAUAUAGCUGUAAUGUUCCGAAGAAAGGUCCAUAAAACGGACUGAACACCUGCACCAACAUCCGUUACCGGACUGGAUGUAAGAUAAACCAAACAGGAAUGGGGACGUUGGGUUGUUGAAAACACUCUUUCCUCCAAUCUCUGCUGCGUAUGAGCUGUGCAGCCAUGGAUUCCUCUGAUGAAGAGGAGGAGCGCACCUUCGUCCGGGUCCUCAGUGAGAAGUACAACCCGGAGAAUUUCCCCUACGGCCAAGGUGUGGUGGUUCUGCCCAGCCCUCCAGGAUCUCCUGUUAAAGACCGACUGUUCCUGCCCAGCGUUCUGGUUCUGAAUGACUGCGGGAUCAGCAAAGCUGGCGACAGGUCCGACAUCGAAGCAUUCUGUGCUCAUGUCCUGGAGCUGGACCUGGCCUACAAUCAGCUCAAAGACUGGGAAGAGAUCAGCACCAUCGUCUCCAGCAUCCCUCACCUGGACUUCCUCAACCUGAGCAUGAACCCGCUGAGCGGCGUGCAGCUGCAGCCCAGCGUGGCCGACGUCUUCUCCAGGGUGCGACGACUCGUCCUCAUCAACACGCAAGUCAGCUGGGACACGGUGCACACUCUCACGCAGCACACGCCAGAGCUGAAGGAGCUCUUCCUCUGCCUGAACGGCUACGACUCCGUGUCCGAGUCGCAGGCUUCCUGUCCGUCGCUGAGCCUCUUGCAGAUUACCGGCAACCAGCUGCAGGACUGGGCCGAGGUCAGGAAGUUUGGGCGGCUGUACCCCAGUCUGAGCACCUUGGUGCUGGCCAACAACAGCGUCAGCUCUGUGGGUGACACCAAGGAAACACUGGAGGGUCUCUUCCCCAACCUGCGCAGCAUCAACCUCAACAACUCAGGUCUCAGCCAGUGGCAGGACAUCGAAAGGCUGAACUUCUUCCCUAAACUGGAGGACGUCAAAGCUCAGGGGAUUCCUUUGCUGCAGUCGUACAGCACCCAGGAGAGACGCAGCCUCCUUUUAGCACAGCUGCCAUCUGUGAUGGUUUUAAAUGGGAGUGCCAUUUCUGACGGAGAGAGGGAGGACGCAGAGCGGUACUUCAUCCGAUACUACCAGGACUGUCCUGAGCGGGAGCUUCCUCAGAGGUACCACGCCCUCGUGUCCAAAUACGGCCACCUGGCCCCGCUCGCCGAAGUGGACCUGAGCCCGCGCGGCACCGUGGUGGAGGUCCGCUGGGGGGACCGGGUGGAGCCGGUCACCCUCCGCCUGGAGCAGACGGUGGGCGACCUGAAGAAGCAGCUGAAGGCUCUGCUGCAGCUGCCCUCCAACGGCAUCCGCCUCUUCCACAUCGACAAAGAGAUGAGCUCCGUGUUCGGACCCGAGGAGCUGAAGUGCGGCUUCCGGGCGCUUCACUCCUACAGCAUCCAAGACGGCGACGAGAUCCUGGUGGUGCUCAAAGAGAAAAACCGCUGCAGCUCCUCGGAUUUUUGAGGAAGGACGCUCUCGUGCUUCGGAUGAGAAAUUAAAAACGAACAGAGGCAAAGCUUUUGUUUGAUAAGAAAGACUUCUCCCAGUGCUGAAUGUAAGGAAGUUUAGAAAAAUGACGCAACAUUAAAUUUGCACAUUGAAGCUUUUGACCCAAAAUAGCUUUAAAGGAGUUUAGUAAAGUUUAAAAUUUAGCUGUUUUGUUUUUUUGGUGGGUCUACACUUAAGACCUUCACUUUAACUAAACAUAAAAUUUGGGCCAUAAAAUCGUCAAAUGUAGGUGCCAAAGACGAGACAAACUAUGCAAAACGUAUCCAGGGUUUCCCUGAAAAAAACAGGAGUGCUAGAGCUGCUAAAAAAUGCUAAAAGUUGACAAGAAAUUUGAAAAUAUAACUAGGUAAUUAUGUGUAAUUGGAAGAUAUUGCUGACAAUACCUAAACACACAAUUAUAGGUUUUAAAUACAAUCGAAUUUUAAUUAUUUAUCUUAAAACAACCUUCACAUUUAAAGGUUGAAAAAUAUUACCUGAAAUAGACAAUAGCUGUGUUUCUAUUGACCGUAAUUCUGCACCGUUUGACAUCUGGAAAAAAAAUGUGUUUAAUGGAAACGCGCUAGUUAUCGUUUUUCCAUGAAAAAGCUUUGCCGUUAGGAUGAUACGGGGGAGGGGGGGGUUUGGCCGUAUCAAAAUGAGUUUAUUUCACAAAACUGCAAUGGAAACUUUUUUUUUUUACAGUAGUAGGAGGAUGGCAUGUUUUUUAAGGUCUUACCAUGUGAACAAACUUAUGUUUCUUAUUUAUUGGAAACGCCGCAAAUGAGAAAUAGUUUUUUGUCUGACAUUAGUGGAAUAUUGGCAAAGUUUUGUGCACAUUUGUAACUGAAAUGUAGGUAAUUAUGUAGUAAUUCAUGCAGAAGAAGCCCAAACCAACUAUAGAGUAUGCAUAUUUAUCAUUCGUCAACAUACUUUUUUGUAGUGAUAAAAUAUUGGAUCAAUAUUUACAUUUUCUAAUUAAUUGAGCAUAUAUUUCUCCUUUCUCCCUUUAGAAUGACAGGUUAUCUGCAAAUUUAAUGAAACAUCUGUUUACCUGUUCAAAACGACAAACUUGAGGGCGUCCAGCGGAGGAGAGUACUGUUUAAAAAACAACUAACUUUGACCAUUUCCUCCAGGAUAAAUAAAUGCCCCAAAAAUCAAACAGAGUUUUUAGUCAGGUAGAUCCAUCUCACGUCAGAAAAAUAUAUAAAUAUAAGUUAAAAAUGUAGGUUGGGACGCGUGAAUUGACAGCAGCCUCAUGGGUUUCCGGGCUUAAAAUCAAGAUUUAGCCCAGUUUGUUGUGAGGAACAAAAAAUAUUCUAGUUCAGUUAUUAAGCCAAAGUUUAUUUAAAAAAUAUCUUUUCUGAAAGUCAACUGAAUGCGCAGGUUAUAUUAAAGAAACCACUGCAGGUUAUCAGGGAUUAGAUCCAAGACAGAACUUUAGCAGAGGUUUAAUCAUUUAAAUUAAUACACAAAUACCAAAAUAUAAGGUAGAGUUUAAAAAUAUUCACAAUGCAGUUGUAGUUCUCCUUGUUCUUUUUCUGAUUGUGAAUAAUUUUAGGAGCAAACAUAAAGUGAGGAGUUAACUUUAUCCUGCAGUCGGCUGAAUCCAGGAUGUUAACAUGCACAGAACGACAUUUCUUUUCCGUUUAGUUUUUUUUUAAAGUGCGUCAGCCUUGAGAAAGCUCCGUUUGUCUGAGUUCAGCUGAGCAGAUUCAGAUUUGAAAACGUUCCUUUGUUGAGAACGGAUCGGAUCGUUCGCUGGGAAUCCUGGGAUAACCCUGGCGCGGAUGCAGACGCGCCGCUCCGCUUUGGGGGGAACACAGACGCACACGGAGCCGCCCUCCUCUCCUCCCGCCCUGGAGGAAAGCCGAGACGACGGCCAGGGUAGGCCGGGUCCGGGCCGGACGCUCCAGUUACCGCCGGCUGCAGGCUGUCGGGCAGCUGAGAGGCGACGAGCCGCUUUCUGGAGGGAAACCGAACACCGGCUGCCACCAGUGUCACACAGACUUCCGCUGCUGCUGCGUUAGACCGGGUUCAGACAGCCGGGUUUCCCGCCCAGACUCUCCGUUACAUCCGACACUGAGACGUUGUUAAACUUUACAUUUCCGCUCAGACUCAGUGUUUCACCAACGUCACCAACAAGUACUAUGUGUCAUAAUCUCCUGCUGGAUCCUACAGCAGCGUAUUACUGCUAUUGUAGAUUUAAAAGAAAAGGAGCAGCAGCUUUCCCCUCUAAGACUCAGGAACUUUUGGAUCAAAUCUUAGAAAUUUUUUAGAAAAAACUUGGAGAUUUCUGAGUUUGAUAAGUUGACAUUUUUAGACUUCUGAAACUCAGAAAAUUUCCAAAAAAAAUAUUUUGAUGUUUGAAAGUCAGAAAUGUCAAACCUUUUCUAGAAGAGAUUUUCUAACAAAUUUUUGACCUUUCAAGCUCAGAAAGUUUAGUUUUUUGUUUCAAAUAUUCGACUUUUGGAGUCUAGAAAUUUUCUCAUUGUUUUUUCAAGAUUUCUGAGAAUAAUCUAGAACAUUUUUUUGUUUUCUUUUUACAAAUUGUUGACAUUUCAGGCUCAGAGAUUUCAGGGUUUAUCGUUUCAAACUAGACUCUUUUUCUUGUCUUGACGUUUGGAGCUCAGAAAUUUUUCUGUAUAGAUUUCUGAGAUUAUAGAUUUCCGCCGCCCCCCCCCCAAAUUUGUAACAUUUCAGGCUCAAGCAUUUUUGGUGUAAAUAUUUUUCCUUUUGCGUUUUCUAUCUGCAAUGGUCUUAAUACGCCGUUGUUGGAUCCAAACUCACAGGAGACAUUUUGUUGCCAAGUAUGAAAUCUAUCAGAAGAAUGUAAGAUGCAGGUUUUUACACUGAUGGGAGAAUAUUUUGCAUGUCGGGUUCAUUUCGAAUCGCGCGUGUUUUCUGGCUCUUUGUUGUUCCCAUAGAUCGACCAGAAUUCCCUUUGGUUGUCAUUUUGGAAAUCCUGCUGAGAACAUGCUGCUGGUUGCAGGAGUUUCCCUGUUAAUCUGUUCACUGUUGCCUGACUGUUACUCUGCUUCUAACUUUAGUAAGAAAAGAAAGUCAGUGGAGAUUUACUAUCAGCUUCACAGGAGCGAUAAACGUCACGGCGCCCUUCCAGAAGGAAAAGUAAAGAUGAGAACAGAGGAGGUUUUUGUUGAGCCAGUUUUCUCGUUUCCUUUUCUUUUGCUUCGACUGAAAUCUUUACAUGCCAGGUUACAAGUGUUUUCACGGAAAAUGCUCAAAUCUCACCUGUAGCUUCAACUCCAGUGUGUCUAAUUGUCCUAAAACUUUGUUUUGUUCUGGUUCUGAUCCGUGUUUGGGCUCUUAUGGAAGAAGGUCCGGGUUUGAAUCCUCGCUGAACCUUCUCCCUGUGCAUGCGUUGGUUCUCUUUGAGUUUUAGCUUAAUUGGACUCUAAAUGGCCUUCUGGUGUGAAUGUGUGCAUGGUGGUUUAUUCUGGGUUGCCAUGGUGACCUCGCCUCUCGUCUACUGACGACGUAGGAAGGCAUAGAAAACGCAAAAUGAUCUCCAUAUCAAAACAAACUGGUACAGCUUGCUUAUAAGAGUCUUACAUUUCUAAUUAGUAAAAUAUGAACGGAAUAUUGAAAAAUAUCACACAUUUUGAGUUUAAUAUUAGACAUAUAAUAUAUAUGAUUUCUACAAGAAGACGGGAAAAACUGAUUCAUAUGAUCAUGGAAAUGAGGUUAAUAGUUGAAUUCCCCAGGUUCUUUAAUUUAGUUUCUAAUUUUUCUGUGAGAAAAAGUUUUUGUUUCUUUCACCGUUUUCUGAGUUCACGUCGGCCUGGUGGUAAAUAACCGGAGGUGUGUUUCAGUAUCUAACGAUGAUGGGAAGUCAGGUUUAGAUGUUGGUUUUUGUGAGUUGUUUGAUUUGCACGGCUGGAGUUUCUGCUUAAAACGUCUGAUUUUAGGGAAACGUGAUUCUUUGUGGGAGUUUUUAAUUGUGAUGUAUGCGACAUGUCGUCUUCAGUAACUCCAAAUACGGAUAAGAUUGGCAGAUUUUCAUAAUGCAGUGUGUCUGUUUGGAAAUAAUUGCUUCUUAACUUAUUUCACGUGUGCUUUCGGCUUCUUUUGUGGAUCUCGACACUUUAAUUCAGGUUUGGUUUCUUGAGGUAAUGAUGCUGUUUCUAUAUCUGUACUGUGUUUUGAUGCUUUUACUUCUCCUGAAUAAAUAAAUCUGAAUAAUGA